AAGGCCUGAACAUGCAGCCAUGCAUCCACCACCAGUAACCCCUGCAGGUGAAAGUCAAAGCCUGAAUCCUUCUGUAAAUACCUUGUGGUGCUCUAAAAAUGAAACUUGUGUUUGGUUUACUUGUGGCGGUUAUUUGGGUGGAGCUAUCAACUGCUCAAAAUAUUGGAACUUCUCCAGCAACUACUACUACUACUACUACUACAUCCCAAACCAACAGUAAUGCAUCUGCAGUGUGUGACAAAGGUAUAGCAACAGAUCUGGUGCUAAUGGUGGACAUUUCUCAACAUAGUUUGCCAGAACACAAAGACCUGAAAGAUUUUCUAAUGAAUGUCUUAUCUAAUCUGGAGAUAAGUCAUUACUGCAUCCAUGUGGGCCUGGUGGCAUUCAAUAUUGAAGCAGAAGUAAUUGUCUCUCUCAGUGCCGGAGUCAACAUAACAAUUGUGGAAGAACAUAUUAGAGACCUUCAACCUUCAGUUCAAAACAAAUCUAGAAUUGGAAAUGCACUUAAUUUUACAAGACGGGAAGUGUUUGGUGAUACUUUGGCAAGCAGGAAGAACCAAGGAAUUAAACAGAUGACAAUCCUGGUCACUCAUAAGUCUUCUGAAGAUCCUGUUAUUGACACUGCCUAUUUACUUCGAAGAGAAAAUAUCAGAAUCUUUGCAGUGGGUAUUUCUGAAGCUAAUGGAACACAACUGACCCAAAUUGCAUCUCAUCCAACUCAUGACUAUCAGAUCAAGGUGAAGACAUUUUCUGACCUUUCAAAAAAUGCAGACAUUUUACUCAAGAAGAUUGUAAAUGUUGUUGAAAAAGACAUUGUUUUCUCUCCAAAACAAAGGUAUCAGACAAAACUGGGAUGUCAGAAGCUGGAGUUUGCUGAUAUUCAUCUACUCAUUGACGGUUCUAGAAGUAUUGCUUCCAUAGAGUUUAUAGCCAUGAAGACAUUUCUGGUUGAGCUUAUAGAUAUGUUUGACGUUGGACCUCAGAAGGUUCGCAUUGGGGUUGUACAGUACUCUAUAAAAAAUCAAACAGAGAUUAGCAUUGUGAAUACUUACAUUAAAAGUCAACUGAAAAUGGAGAUACAGAACAUCAGACACCUAGAUGAAGAAGAAACCUGGACAGGACGAGCAAUAAAUUACACUCGUGAAAUAAUAUUAGAUCCCAGCAAUGUCAGGGGAGGGAAUGUGCCUGUGUAUUUUAUUGUUCUUACAGAUGGAGAAUCUCAUGACAGUGUGAAGGAGGCAGCCGCAAUCCUCAGAGCAAGCAAAGUAAAUAUAUAUGCCAUUGGAAUAAGAGAAGCCAACCAGGAUCAGUUGUUGGAAAUUGCUGGAGAUCCCAAAAGAGUCCAUUUUGUUAACAAUUUUGAUUCUCUGAAAGACAUAAAAAAUCUGAUAGCCCAACAAAUCUGUUCUAGCGAAGUUUGCGAUAAAGUGAAAAACGAUAUAAUGUUCCUGGUUGACAGUUCUGGAAGCAUAGGCAUAAGUAAUUUCAAUAAAAUGAAGGAGUUUAUGAAAAACCUAGUGAGCAAAACAGAAGUGGGGCCGAAUAACAUACAGUUUGGCAUUGUCCGAUAUAGUGAUGAGAGCAUGGAGGUGCUACCCCUAAAUAAGAAUGGAACCAAAGCUGUUAUCUGGGAAGCUAUUGACAAAAUGGGAUACUUAGGCAAGGGUACAUACACUGGAAAAGCCUUGGACUAUGUGUCCCAGUACUUUACAGAAAACAAGGGUUAUAGACCAGGUGUGAAAAAACAUCUAAUACUGAUAACUGAUGGAAAAGCACAAGAUGAUGUUAAACUUCAGUCUGAGUCUUUGAGGAAUAGUGGUGUGAACAUAAUCUCUGUGGGCAUUUUCAAUGCAAAUAAAACACAAUUGGAAGAAAUCAGUGGGCCUAAAGGACAAGUACAUUACGUUGAGUCUUUUGAGACAUUGAAGUUCAAGGAAGAAGACUUGCUGGCGGACAUCUGUAAAGAAGAUUGUCCACGAAUACAACAAGCAGACAUUGUUUUUGUGAUUGAUACAUCAAGCAGUAUCACCCUUGAGCAAGCUAAGAUAAUACAAUCCUUUGUUAUAUCUUUUGUGAACAAAUCAGAUGUGUCACCAAACAAAGUUCAAUUUGGAGCUCUUAAAUAUGCGGAUGACCCCUAUAAGAUGUUUUACUUAAAUACAUAUAACAAUAAAAAUGAUAUUAUUAAAGCUAUUGAAGAUGAUACAACCUCGGGAAUAAACACAUAUACUGCUAAAGCCUUGCAAUUUUCAAAGGGAUUCUUUAGUGAGCAGCUUGGCAGUCGUCAAUCUAGAGGGGUCCCUCAAUAUGUUAUUAUAAUAACUGAUGGGGAAUCUCAUGACCGCGAAAAACUUAAUGCAACCUCAGAAUCCCUUGAAAAAGCUGGGAUCACAGUAUUUGCCAUUGGAAUAAAAGAAGCCAAUACCAAUGAGCUAGUAGCAAUGGCAGGAUCCAAGGGUAAAUGGUUCUUUGUUGAGCAGUUUGAUGGAUUGAUGAGCAUUUCUGUGAACAUAUCUGAUGCUGUAUGCCAAAAAGCAGUAUGCAAUAAAAAAGAAGUGGACAUAAGUUUUCUGAUUGAUGGUUCUACCAGUAUCUAUGACCCAGACUUCAAAAUAAUGAAGGAAUUUAUGGUAUCUGUUAUUGAUGAUUUUGAUAUUGGACCCGGAAAGGUUCAUGUUGGUGUUGCUCAAUAUAGUCAUUUAUUCAAAACAGAGUUUCAACUAAAAACAUAUUUGGAUAAGGAAACUUUAAAGCUUGUGAUUAAGAACAUCACACAGAUGGAAGGAUACACCCUUAUUGGAAAUGCCUUAAAGCAAACAGAUUCUGCCCUAUUAAGUCCAUCAGUUAAUAGUCGUAUUAAUGAAAAGAUACAGCAGAUAUUGAUCGUCAUAACAGAUGGAAACUCACAAGAUGAAGUCGCAACACCUGCAGAAGCAUUAAGAAGUAAAGGCGUCUCUACCUAUGCUGUGGGAGUGGGAGAUGUGUCUGAAACGCAGCUCCUUCAGAUUGCUGGAAGAUCAGACAGACAGUUUUCUGUCCACAAUUUUGAUGCUUUAAAAAGCAUUAAAAAGAGAUUGGUCGAAGAUAUAUGUAUACAGCGACUUGCUGAGAAUUGUUCACUUGAUGUCAUAGUUGGUUUUGAUAUUUCAACAUAUCCAAAUGGUGGCAAAUUAUUUGAUGGCCAAAAACUAUUGGAAGUUGGUAUCACUAAUAUCUUAAACAGUAUGAUGAACUUGAGAAGUGCAAGCUGCAUCUCCGGUGCUGUACCUCAGAUCAGUGUAGCCUUUUAUAUUCCAAACGCCGAAGCAUUCUUUACUCCACAAUUUCACACUUACAGUUCGGACUUUGCUCAGAAACUCAAAGACAUUUCUGUCAAAGGGGCUUCCUAUCUAGCAACGCCUUUUCUUCAGUCUAUGUGGAAGAUUUUUCAAAAGAACAAUGCAGGAAAAGGGAAGAUGAUACUAGUCUUCACUGAUGGCUUAGAUGAAAAUGUGGAAGACAUUGAACAAACAACAGAAGAUCUUCGAAAACAAGGGUUAGAUGCCCUAGUUACUGUUGCCUUAGAAGGAACAAAAGAAUAUGAUAACAUUAAAUAUAUUGAAUUCGGCAGAGGUUUUGAGUACAACUAUCAGAUGCAUAUUGGUAUGCCAGAUAUUGGAUUUAGCCUUGCCCGACAAAUGUCACUUCUGUAUGAGAAGUCAUGUUGUUGUGUCUUUUGUGAGUGCACGGGACUAAGAGGACCACCUGGCAUUUAUGGAAAUCGGGGACGAAAGGGACCCUCUGGAAUGAAAGGGUAUCAAGGCUAUCCUGGAGAACAAGGAAUGGAGGGUAAUAGAGGAAUGCCUGGUCUAAAGGGUGAGCGUGGUGACAGAGGAUGUGCAGGAACCACAGGCCUGAAGGGAAACAGAGGGAUUCCAGGAGACCAGAAUGAAAAUGGAGAACCUGGGCUGAAUGGACUUACUGGAGAAGAGGGAAACUCUGGACCUCUAGGAACGAAAGGUGAACAGGGUGAAAAAGGAGAUCAAGGUAAACUUGGAUUAAUGGGAAGUAAAGGAUAUAAAGGCUAUGAAGGCCAGAAGGGCACUCCAGGGGAUACUGGGGAAAAAAGCACAGUCCGUGGACCCCCAGGUCCCAAAGGUGACUUGGGCAUGGAGGGUGAACCUGGAAUGGAAGGAAAACCUGGACCACCUGGCACCACUGACAGCGAAGACUUUCCUGGAAGAAGAGGCUCCACUGGACCACCUGGAACUAACGGGGAUCCCGGUGUACCGGGUGUGGUAGGAGAACAAGGAUUGAGGGGUUCGCAGGGAGAACCAGGAAUUGCAGGCAUUAAAGGAGAGAAAGGAAGAAAUGGAUUAGAUGGCUUUCCGGGUCCAUUUGGUGCUUCAGGCAGUAAAGGAGACCUUGGAAAUCAAGGGAAGAAAGGAAGAAAGGGAGAACCUGGAGAGCCUGGAGAUAAAGGAAGCCCUGGGGAGGAAGGAAGACGAGGAUAUAUAGGUGAAAUUGGUAAAGAUGUUGUUGGAGCACCUGGCAAAAAAGGAAUGAAGGGUCCUCAAGGACGACAAGGAGUUGUUGGCUUAAAGGGAGAGGAAGGAGAACCUGGUGUGGUAGGAGAACGUGGGAAAAAUGGUGAAAAAGGACAAAGUUUCAUUCCAGAUAAAGGCUCAAUUGGAGAUCCAGGAACACCAGGGGGACCAGGUCGUAGGGGACAAAAAGGAAUUCAAGGUCAAACUGAACAAUCCCCAUGUGAACUUAUCGACUUUAUCCAUCAGACAUGUCCAUGUUGCCAAGGACAUAAGACCUGCCCUGUGUAUCCAACUGAAUUGGUGUUUGCAUUGGAUAUGUCCAGUGAUGUCAAACCUGCAAUGUUCAAACGAAUUAUUAAUAUUGUCACACACAUUCUGACAAAUGUAACCAUUAGAGGAAGUAAUUGUCCUAUUGGGGCAAGAGUGGCUGUGAUGUCCUAUAGUAAACAUACAAAUUACCUGGUGAGGUUUUCUGACUUCCAGAAUAAAGAAAAACUACUUAAUGCACUGAAGAACAUAUCUCUGGAAAGUUCUAAAGGUCGUGACCUUGGAGCUUGCAUGAAAUUUGUAGUCAGAAACGUCUUCAAGAGAUCCCUGCAUGGAAAUACUGUAAGAAGAAUAGCAGUGUUCUUCAGCAAUGGUCGCACUGAUGACCCCGCUUCAGUCAGCACAGCCGCAAUGGAAUACAACGCUCUUGGCAUCAUACCUGCAGUUAUUGCUUUCUCUCCAUCUCCUGCCAUCAAACGGGCCUUUUCAAUCGAUGACUCAGGGACAUUUCAGUUGAUUGAAAUUUUGGCAAAUGAUUUCAAACCAAAAGUGCAAACCUUCCUUACAUGCACCCUUUGUUAUGAUAGAUGUAAACCGGAUACAACGUGUGUGGAAAGUAAUUCUUCACCUAAAAAGGAACCUAUGGAUGUAGGUUUUCUCCUGGAUAGCUCUUACAAUAUGAACCUUAAUGAGUAUAAAGCAGCUAGAAGUCUCAUCAGUACAGUCAUUGAUGGGCUUGAUAUUCCUAACACUGGUGCUCGAGUGGCCAUGGUCAGUAGUGCGCCCCCUGGCUUUAGCCCAGAAAAUUUAGGGAAGCCUCACCUUGAGUUUGAUUUCUCAACAUAUAGCAAGGCAAAAAUUAUAAAGAGACACCUUGAAGAAAACACCCAUCGUCUAAGAGAUGCCCCUGCCUUUGGGCUUUCAUUGAAAUGGAUGCUUGAAAACAUCAUGUCUAAAACAUCAGACCUAAAGAACAAUAAGGCCAUUAUCAUGAUAUUAUCUGGAGAGACAAGUCACUGGGAUAAACAAACUUUAAGAGAAGCUUCUUUGCAAGCCAAGUGUCAAGGUUUUGCUCUGUUUGUACUUUUUAUCGGUAAAACAUAUAAUAAUACUGAGUUGAUCGAACUUGCAAGCAGUCCCACCGAACAUCAUCUGCUCCAGCUUGGCCAAGGUUCCAAACCAAACUUUGGAUAUGCCACCAGAUUCACCCGGGCAUUUCUCAACUCUGUUACAUUAUCAAUAAACAAAUAUCCACCUCCAGAGCUGAAAUCUAAAUGCUCCAGUUUUAGUAACAGAAAGAAAAGAUUGACAAAAGCUCCGCCAUCUCCUCCUAAAAGUCAAGUAAGCUCAAUAGUCAAGUAACAGCAUUAUAAUGAAGAUGGUCGAUCUGUUUUUACUGGUAACAGAAGAAAUGGCUGAAUUCAAAUGUUUUUGAGGUCUUUAUCCGAGAUAAGAAGAUUAAAAGAUUAUUUUUUUUAAACCCAAUGGUCUAUGAAUGGAAAGUGAUUGGUACAUGUGCUCAUAUCAUCUUUGAUUCAGAGAAAUUGGGAGAAAUGUUUUGAGCAGUUACUGAAUUCAAAUGUCUUCAAUGGUCCAUAAAAUACCAAGUACACAAUAGCUAUACUCAAAUCUAUCUAACAUGAGCUUCACUACUAGAUAUCCAUUCUUGGAAGCCAUGUAUUCACAAAGAUUUUUAGCUAAAUGCUUGUGCAAUAACCGAAAAUAUUUUUUAUAAAAAUGUAUCACCUUUUUAAGAUCCUACAUGUCAGUAAAUGGAAUAUUCUGUAGACACUGAAUCAUUUUCACACCUGGUUUUCCACAAUUGUCCAUCAUAUAGUCUGCAGUAUAUUAUACAGUUCUAUAUCUCUAUUGAGUAGUUGUUAUUCAUUUACAUUAAACUGGAAGAUCCUUCAACAGGAAUGUGACGUAAAGUUAUACACAGUUACAUAUCCAGGAUUUCCCCUAUAUACGACUGACUACAUUUGCCAUGACAAUUAUUAAUAAUAAUAAUAAUAAUAAUAUGCACCACAGUGCAUCAAAUGUCUAACAACUGUGUUAACAUUAAUGUGUGUGUAUAUAGAUAGAGAGAGAGAGAGAGAUCAGUCACUAAAAUGUCUCAGACAAAUAAGAUGUGUUAAAAUGGGAUAUAGCCAUCACUAUAUAAUACACAUAGGUUUUAGUUUGCUCUUUGCUCUCUGCUGUCCUAGGAUAUAGCGACCUGAGUAGUAUAACCUGUUUAAAACUUGGCAAAACAGAUUAGGGAAGGGACAUCUUUAUGUCUAAGAUCAGCUUUCAUACGAUUUAACCUGUGUGCACAAUUAUUAGGCUAGUUGGACCUUUUUGGGCUGAAGAUUAAGUCAAAAUCAACUCCUAAAUCCGCCAUCAGUAUUUAAAAUACAUUUUCCUCAAGCAGUGGUGCAGGAAAAAGUCUGCAUCUAUCAAACAGACUAUUGGGGACAUUUAUCAUUGUUUGCUUUGGUAAGCAAGUUCUCAAGUCUUUGUUUUUCACUUUAGUUUUGCUUAUGUACUACAUAUUUAUCAUACUAUUACUGUGUGGCUAGCCAGCAAAGACAUAAAGGGGUACUCAGGAUUAUUAUUAUUUUUUUUCCUAUAUGCCCGGGCUGCCAUAAUUAAAAUAAUAAACCUCAACUUACCUCCUGCCGCUCCUUCAGUACUGCUG